AUGAUAAAAAACAUAGCCGACACCGGCACUGACCAGCACUAUGGCAAUCGCCAUGAUCCGCGACAUCGCAAUGUCCAACCCGACAGUCAACCCAUAGCAGUAGCAAUGCCAAACGCCGACACAGAAACCAACUCCCACGUAGCCACACUACCCAUACCGACUCUGCAACCCAAGGACAACCAAAUCAAACUGUUCGACAACUUCCAACACAACUUAGUCUCCGUCGGCCAACUCUGCGAUCAAGACUGCACCGCCCAUUUCUCCAAAACCGACCUGCAAGUUAACAAUAACCAUGGCACAACCAUCCUCCACGGCAAGCGCAAUCCCCAUGGAGACCGCCUAUGGCAUGUCGACUUCCCAGAACACUCAGCCAAUGCAAUCAACAAACCCACCGGAGCACAAUUGGUAUGA